AUGAACCUUUACGUGGAUCUGAGUAGUGGCAAUGUUACGAGAUCUGGUGGCCUUUAUGAAGGUCCCUGCAUUCUAACACCAUCACUUCCUCUGGUUGGAGUUCGUCGUCUGCAGCAAGUUAUUCUCUUUCCAAGGCUACAGAAGACCGAUGUGUGGCGGCUAAUUGGGUCCCCCCAAUUUGCUUUCUGCGAUCACCCACUCGCACACCAAGUUUCCGGUACCAAUGCUUCGAAGCUGGCCGCGACAAUUGCGGCGACUAAACUUCUUCGCAGUCUUGCCCUUCCCGUUUACUCCGAUCUGCAGUUCCGCCUCAGCUGGAUGUUGCUCCCCACAAGAUCUCGUUUCUAUUUCUUACGGAUACCCGGCUCCAGUGAUCUUGCUUGUGGGUAUCCCAACUGUGUCGAGGUGGAGACAGCACAUCAUCUCUUCCUGGACUGUUCUCGCGCAGCAGUGCUUUGGGCCGUCGUUAUGCGGGACUGGACCAACUUUGUCGAUGGUUCUGUCACCUCGACCAUGAUCUGA